CUGAUUAGAGGAGGGUAAUAUAGCCAGUGAGGAGGCACUCGGCCUCGUAUGAGGACCCUUUCCUCCCUCAUAUUAUCGAAAGAGAGGCUAUCAAAGAAAGGAUGAAGAAACAAGAGGAAUGGCACAGCCAAGAAAAUGAAGUGGAAGCGGGGGAUGCGGACUCGGGAAUGAAGGGAACAAAUCAAGAAAGGAGGUUCAGAAGACAGAGGUCAGCGGAGAAGCGUGAGAGGAGCACUUAUAAGCGCAUGGGAUCCUCUCAUAUCCUGGAAAGAGAUGCUAUCACAGAAUGGAUAAGAAAACAAGAGAAUUGGCACAGCGAAGAAGAUGAAGUGGAAGCGGGGGAUGCGGACUCGGAAAUAAAGGGGACAAAUCAAGAAAGGAGGUUCAGAAGACUGAGGUCAACGGAGAAGCGUGAGAGGAGCAAUCCUAAGCGCAGGGGAACCAGGAGCCGCAACACAGAGGGGAAUGGAAAGCGUCCUUACUUGAAAAAGAUCGACGUGCCUUCAGAUCCCGCCGACGAGCUUCAGAGGAGGAGCACCGGUAGCACCGAAAGUCGCCGUGAGUACGGAAGGUGCCCCAGAACAGGGCAUCAGGACGAGACUCCAUUGGAGAAGCGAAGCGGCGACGGGGAAGAAGAGUCGACAUCGAGUGAGGAUGCCGCGGAAUCGUUUCAUGUAGCGGAGGCGAGACCGGGAUCGUUUGAAAAGAGAAGCCCGGGAAAGGAGAGGGGUCAAGCUUCCCGUUUGUCAGACUCUCCAGCCGACUCUGACGAAUCAAUGGGAGACGCUUCACAACCGCAGUCACAAUGGGGAAAGUCAAAGAACCCAACCCUCGGCGUGCAGAAUAAGGGUAUAAAGAAGUCUGGCUUAGGCCUUCAGGGGCGUAGAAGUACUGUGGCAACACUUCAAAUCCCUUCUGCUGAUAUCCAGUCUCUAUUUGGGAAGGAUUCAAAAGACCCGACCCAUGCACCGCACUUCGGGAAAAUUAAACCAGACAAGAAAACAGAGGAAGUGACAGAACUCCUGGACGGUUUGAGCUUCAAAAAGGGGUAAUGUCCUCGUCAUCUUCCUCGGCGCACAGCGCCUUGGCCUUUUGCAGCCCUCCCUCGCGUCGUGCUCCUGGCCCUUUCCUUCUUCACUAAGCAUCUCCAUCACCACACACCCACAUGCCGUAUCUCGCUCUUCCUUGCUCCUCCUUUCCCUCUCUAGUUAUUCACCUUCCCCGCUGCUCCAUCUUUCCACCAGUCUCUCCUUCUCCUCGAAGAACCUCUUUCUCCCCUUUCCAUGUCACUAAAUUCUCCGUCUCUUUGCUUCUCAAUCCAAUUCGAUGCCCUGAGACUGAGACACGCAAGGAUGGAGGCCGGACAGGCUGACUGCUAGACACUCAGUUUAAUCUCCUCUCUUGUUUAGUCGUACACUGUCUCGACGGCAGGUCAGCGGUCGUUUCAAGGUACUGGAGCACAGACGAAAGAGAGAC